AAAAAUCUAAAUUUUUAAUUAUUAAUUGUAAAUAUUAAGUAUUAAAUAACAUUAUUUAAAUCAAUAAUCAUGACAAAUUUGUCAUGAUUAAAAUGUAAGCUUUUAAAAUCUAAUUAAAUUGUUUGAAGUUUGAAGUUUUUAUGUCAAUAUAAUAGUUCUCAAAAUUAUAAUAGUAGUGUACUUGGUUGCUCAUAAUACUAUUUCUAGGUACCUGCUGGUACUAAUUGUAAUUGAUAUUUAUAUUUGAGUAAAUUCUUAAUUCAAUCAUCAUGACUAUAGCCAUUUUAGGCGGUGGUCUCGCUGGUCUAAGCGCUGCAUAUUAUCUGAAACGAGAAGGAGGAAUUAACAAAAAUCAAUCAAUACAAAUUAUUGAAGCCGGCAAUCAAACAGGUGGCUGGAUCCAGUCGUGGAAAGAUGAAAACACUAAUGUUAUUAGUGAGCUUGGACCGCGGACGAUUAGAGGUCGUGGAAAAUCUGCCAACAAUACGUAUAGUUUAAUAAAAGAUUUAGGUAUUGAGAAUUUAGUGCGGAAUGUAGGUAUUGAUGCUUCUGCAAGAUAUAUAUUUGCAAAUGGAAAGAUACAUCAAUUACCCAUGAGUGUCUGGAAAGCUUUGUUUACAGUAAAUCAACCAUUCACUAAACCAUGGAUUUAUUAUGUUUUACGUGAGUGUUUUUCAUCAAAUAAUAGUAAAGCUAAUUUACCAGACAUUCAAAAUAAUGAUGAAAGUGCAUAUGAUUUUUUUUUGCGUACAUUCGGACAAGAAUUUGCUGAUUACUUGAUUUCACCAUUAUUGUGUGGAGUAUGUGGUGGAAACGCUAAGCAAAUGAGUGUUAAGUUUAUGUUUGGUGCCUUAUAUGAAGCAGAACGUAAACAUGGGACCGUUGGAUUAGGGUUAUUAAAAGAGAAAUUAAGUUCUAUUUUGAAUCGUGAAAAAAUAAAAGAUACAAAAGGGACCAAUAUUGAUAAACCUCCACCACCAGUUUAUUAUUUGGAUGGAGGCCUACAACGUUUAAUCCAUGCUUUAGAUAUUAAUAAUGAGUCUCAAGGAAUUCAUACAAAUUUAAACACUCAGUGUACACAAUUACAUUUUCACGAAAACAGAAAAGGUGCCAGAAUUGUGUUUUCUAAUGGCAAAGAAUUAGAAUGUUCACAUGUUAUCAGUGCUUUACCUGCUUAUAAGUUAGCUUCACUCUUUUGUGUUAAAUCUCAACAUUCAACAUUGACACAGCUAUUAAAAUCUAUACCCAUGGUAUCUAUAGCAACAGUUAAUUUAACAUACAAUGAUCCUAAAGUGAUGGGUCCUUACAAAGGUUUUGGAGUUCUUUCUUCACCACUUGAAAAAUUGUCUCUGUUGGGUAUAAUAUUUAAUAACUAUAUUUAUGGACAUAGUGGUCGAGUUGAUCUUACAGUUAUGAUGGGUGGAUAUGGUUUUAAAGAACAUUUUGUCAAAAACUCUCAAUGUCUGUCUGAAGAAAAACUUGCUGAUACAGCUGUAGGUCAUGUCAAACGUGUCCUUAAUAUUCAAUCAUUACCAAAUACGUAUAGUACACAAAUAUUAAAUGAUUGCAUUCCACAAUAUACAGUUGGACAUUAUGAACGUGUAAACAAAAUUCAAGAAUAUAUUAAUGUUAGACGUUUACCGUUGACAUUGGUUGGUUCGUCAUAUGCUGGAAUUAGUGUUAAUGAUGUUAUAUUUGCAUCAAUGACUGCAAUGCGAAAAUUAUGCAAAUAAUAGCAAAUCGAAAAUAUACGUUCUUAAAUUAUUCUAGAAACUUGUUCUCGGAAAUCAAAUAUUAUUAUUUUUUGUUUUAUUUUACACACAUUUAUUUGUGACAGUUGUUAUUAUUUUUACAGUAUUAAAUCUUGUUUCUAAUCAAGUUUUGUUGAUUAGAUAAUUCAAUAACUACUUAAAAAUAUACAUCAGCGAAUAUUUUGUGUUAUAAAUACAAUUAUUAUUUAAACAAA